AUGUCGGCGAUGAACGCAAAGAGAUUGCUGCUGCUCUCGCUCUCGCUCUCACUUCCUCUUGCUGCGAGCAUCGACUCGCCCGGCAGCAGCUCGCGACAGUGCCGCAUCGAGCUCUCGGGCGGCUGGCGCGCCUGCCGCGCCGAGAGUCAGCGCGACGGGUCGUGCACGAGAUGGCUGCGCGGCCCGCAGCCGUCGCUGCCGACGACCGCGCUCGCGACCCUGCUGGCCGCGGGAGAGCUCCAGCUGCCCAAGGGCGACGACCCGUACUUCUCUGACAACCUCGCGCACAUCCCAGACAUCAACAUCACCGGCGCGAGCUUCUACACGCUGACGUGGGAGCGGCAUAUGCCGGUCGAGCAGCUGUCCGCCGAGUGCCGGGAGCAGCAGACGGACAGGGCGUGGCUGCGGCUCGAGGGCGUCAACUACAGGGCCGCCCGUGCGAGCCUCGGAGGCCUGCAGCUGCCAACUCCGCCGCCGGGCAUGUUCAUCAGGCAUCGGUACGAGGUGAGCGCAGGCGGUCUCUUCGCCUUGACGAUUGCACCUCCGACUCACUACGGCGGCACCGAGUGCGGGAGCGGGGCGUGCGGGCAGGGUGGCGACCAUGCCCUUGCGCAGGACGUGACGGCGCAGGUGAUGCUCGGUUGGGACUGGGCUCGGCCCAUUCCGGACCGCUCCACUGGCUUCUUUGGCGGCGUCCAGCUCGAGGUCACUGGCAGCGUGACCAUCGAGGACGCCGCACUCCUCACGCGGGCAUUGUCGUGCGGCUGCGCAGGCUGCGAGGGCUGCGGAGCGCGCGCGGAGCGGGCGGCGCUGCUCAUGGUGCUGACGCUGGAGAACCAUGCGGCCAAGUCGGUCGUAGUCGAGCUGAGCGCCGUCCUGCGCGAGUCGGUCGCGGGCCGUGCCGCCACUCGUGGCGAGCUGCGGCAUAGCAUCGUGCUGGGCGGGCACAGCUCUCGGGACGUGCGGCUGCCGCUAAACGCCACCGACGUGCCGCUCUGGUGGCCGCACAACGCUGGAGGUUUGGGACCGUCGCUGCUCAAUGCGACGGUGCAGGCGCGGAUCGGCGGCGCGCUAUCCCAUUCGGAGGAGUUCCGCGUCGGCGUUCGCACCGCCGAAGCGUACAUCGACAACCGCACUGGCGGCCGUGCGUUCCGGGUCAAUGGCCAGAAGAUCUUCUUGCUGGGCGGCAACUGGAUCACGCCCGAUCUCCUUCUCCGGUACUCGGCAGACAGGACGCGAUAUUGCGAUGAGGUGCGGCUCCAUCAGCGUGCAGGCAUCAACCUCCUGCGUGUCUGGGGCGGCGGCGUGAGCGAGCGAAACCCGUUCUACGAGUGCGCGUCCGAGAUGGGGCUCUUCGUGUAUCAGGAGUUCUGGAUGAGCGGCGACAACAACGGGCGAUGGGCGGGAAGCUACAGCUGGCCACUGGACGACGCGGCCUACUUCGCCAACGCACAAGACACGGUGCGACGCUUGCGGCGCUUUGCGGCGCUGCUUUUCUGGGGCGGAGGCAACGAGCUGUUUCCGCGGAGACUGUCGCCGCCCGUUGCCCUUGAAGAGAUUGUGCACCGCGAGGACCCCGGUCGCUUUUACAUCGCCUCGUCGAUGGACGGAGGCAUCAAAGGGGGCAACAUGUCCGAGCACGACGACGAGUACGCCCUGGCCCCAAGGGACGGCCCGUAUACGAUGCUGAUGCCGCUGUCGUUCGCACAGCGCAACCCUGGCUUGCACGCCAAUCUCACCAUCUCCUUCCAGCCGGAGGUUGGCUUCACCAGCGCGCCGAGCUACCGCGGACUCCUCCGCUUCAUGUCUGCCACCGAGGCCGAGCAGAUCCCAGAGCGCGGCGCGGACUCCGCGUGCCGUGCGGGAUCGGCCACCAGCCCGGUGUGGGCUUUCCACAACUACCUGAGCUGGAGCACCGCAAACGGGAGCGGGCCGGGGCAAAUCUACGACCACGUCUAUGCGUACGGCCAGCCGGCAAACGCUUCGGAGUGGGCGGCCGCCGCCGCGCUCGCGAGCUUUGCACAGUUCCAGGCUCUCGUGGAGGGGUACCAGGCGCACCUCUUCUCUUGGUACGCCUCGAUGAGCAUCUGGAAGACGCAGACUCCCUGGCCGAGCCUGCGCGGCUUUUUGUACGACUGGUGGCUCGAGCCCACGGGGGCCUUCUACGGCGUCCAAGCGGCGGCCUCCGACCGCGUCCACGCCCAGCUCGAUCGUGGCGACUGGGGCGUGCGCGUCGUAAACAAGGAUGUUGCGGCGGCUCUGCCCGCAUCGUCCGUCACCGCGGAGUGGUUCGGCCUCGACGGCAAGGGUGUGGCGACAGAGACGAUGCGAGCACCGCUCGUGGCGGCCAGCAGCAGUCGGGCGGCGGACGGGGUGGUGCAUUGGCCCGCAGCCCUGUCUAGGGAGGCUGUGGGGUUCCUCCGCCUCACGCUCCGCGCCAGUCCCACGCCGCACGCAGCGCAGGAGGUGACUCCACUAGAGGGCGGAGAGGGCGAGCCGGCAGCGUCGUGGUACUGGCUCACGCCCGGCGCGGCCCCCGACUAUUCUCAGCUGGGCGCGGCACGGCGUGCGCAGAGAGCUCGUUUGCGCCUUCGAGUGCGGAGCUGCUGGCACGCGGAUGAUGGGCACGUGCGGGCGGCAGCUGAGCUCUGGGUGCCCGAAUCUUCGGGCCUCGUCCUCUACCCCCAGCUGACGCUCAGCCUGCCGAGGGAGGGCGAGCUGCCAGCCUCGUGGCAGGAGGGCGACCGCGCAGUGGUGCUGCUGCCGGGCAGAAAACCGUCGGCUAGAAUAGUUGUGGCGAGAGUCGGGGCGCGGGCCGGCGGCGUCGUGAGCGUUGUGGCCCGGAGCUGGAACGCGCCGCAGGUGGAGGCGCGGUGCGUGUGCGUGGAGGGUGGCGCAGAAGUGUGA